GUUUGGCGCGCUGAAUUUAAAGUAGUUCAAUGCAAGCUUCAUAGUUUUGGUUUUAGAUUCGCCAGACAUGAUUCACAGUUAUACUGAUAUACGGUAUCUUAUAACUGUGUUAAACAUGAUCUGGUUAGAGACUCUCGUUUUUACAUUGCUUUACUAAUUGUCAUGAUAACGUUCUUCAAGUUGUUAAACCAUCGCAGCACCGUACAGCUAAAGUCAGCGUGAAACGUUAGCUAACCUAGCUAAUAAGAUCAGAAAUAGGUUUCUUAUUCUGAUUAUUAUCAAUAUGGAUCGAUAUAACGACGUAAAACUUCUCCUGAAAAAAUGGGAGCGCUCGUUUACUCUAUUAAAUAACAGGAAACCGAAUAAGGACGAUAUAGAUGCCGCACCAGAGGAGACAAAAAAUCUUUAUAAAGAAUACCGUAAGCUUAAAGAGGCAAAAGAGAACACUAGCAAGGAGAGUAAAACUCCUGUGAUAUCCGCGGUGAUCCAGUCUUCAGGGACUGAUUGCUGGGGUUCUCACCUAAAUCGCAAAAACAUGCCAGCCACUGUCGCUAAACUGACGGCAAAAGACAAGGAGACUUUGCAAGCCUCUGCCCAGUACUUUGGCAUGAAGCUAAAGUCGAACCUCGGGGCGUUAUCAAAGGACCGACCAUUUUCUCUCAAGAAACCACUCGCCUCCUGUGUGCCCCCAGAGAAGUCCGUGAAGAAUGGUGGAGUUAGCACAGAGUCACCAGAGCCAGCAAACACAUCCCCAGAGUCGCUGACCCCUCAGACAGCCAGAACUGAGUGGGGGGAAGAACCCUCUGAUCCCCUUCCCCUCUUUACCCCUUCCAGGCCCUGCUCACCAGACAGAGGGGCUGCAGACAAGCGAGUGGAGAGGACCCAGUUCCUCAGGCAAUCUGUCACCAAGAGGCUGUCCUCAGUGGACAGAGGCUGGCUGGAACGCUGUCAGGUCUUCGGUGAGGUGGAGGAUAAACAGAAACCGGUGUCAGGCAAUUCAGUUCUGCCUAAAGAAACGGUUGUACAGUCUAGUGGUAAAACGGAUGAUGCAGCAGUGAGCAAACAUGUCGCAAACACACCUGGGGAAAGCAGUGCUAGGGCAUCAUCGCAGUGUCCAACAGACACGGUGCAGGUGGGUGUGGAAAGGUGUCCUGUAGAGGGCAGUAGAGAGCUGGAUACUGACCACAUAUCUGGAGAAGUAGAAAUCAGGACGGGAUCCAUAGCUGAGGGUCUGGAUGGGCCUGAGGAAGCCAGUCCUGCUUCUGAAACUAGGAAACGAAGCAAAAGGUCUAGGAAAGUUCAAGACUCCGGUCAAAAGAUCCAAACCGAGGCAGGACAUAAUGAGCAGAGGAAUGCUAGGAAAAAGGGACACAAAAGGCAGAGAGAACCUGAAGGAGAAGAACCAGCGGAAGGAAAUGGACACGUCCCAAAAAGACGCAGGACCAAGAGAGCGCCUGCUACCGGAGAGUGUCCCCCAAAAGGAAGGAAAAAGAAAGGUAGAGGACCUGAGGAGGGAGAGGACGAGCUCGAGAAGUCUCUCAGCACUGAGAAAACGGUAACUAGGAAGCCAAAGAUGCCUCAGGAGAACCUUCUGGGAGAGGUAGAGGAGGGGGACGUGAGAGCUGCCUCAGCCAGGAUGAAGAACACAGCCAGAAGCAGGCCCCCCAAAAACACAGAUGGGAACUUUGUGAGAAUCAACCUGAAGAAGAAGUCCCACGUUAAAGGCUUCGCCUUGAGGGGGGCUGCCCUCCGCAAGCAGAUGUACAUGCAGAAGUUCCAGCUGAAGGGGGAGAGGUUCGGAGGAGCCAGCCGGGGUCGCGGGAGGUUCGCUUCCUUCAGCCGUCAGGGUGACAGCUGCUACAAGUGUGGCGGGAUUGGACACUGGGCACAAGACUGCCGGGGAAGAGCUCUGGCUCUCGCUGCGGAUGGGCCAGCUCAGCAGGAUGCGCCCCCAGAAGAUGAGGAGCCAUUCGAACUGCCCACAUUAGAGGAAGUUGCCAGGGCGACUGGAACUUUACGCUCCGAGCCUAUUGCCGUGGUCCCUGGUGCGGGCGAGGACCCCGAGGGGAAGGAAGACCGCGGGGAGGAGAUCCUGCUAAACGUCAUGCGGCCGGACUACGAGCGGCCUGCCCCUCCCCCGCCCAUGGAGCCCCUCUACUUGCCCCGAGAGGAUGGCCGAGUCCAAGAAAUUCCUUCGGAGGUGUACCAUGCGCUUCGUGACUUUGGCUACAAAUCCUUCAGGCCUGGUCAAGAGAAGGCCAUCAUGAGAAUCCUCUCAGGUUUGUCCACCCUGGUAGUCCUCUCCACCGGCCUGGGCAAGUCUCUGUGCUACCAGCUCCCUGCCUACCUCUACGCCCUAAGGUCAAAGUGCAUAACCCUGGUGGUGUCGCCUCUCGUAUCCCUAAUGGAUGACCAGCUCUCAGGACUCCCCCCUAAGCUGAAAGCAGCUUGCAUCCACUCCAACAUGUCUCAAAAACAAAGAGAGGCAGCUAUUGAAAAGGUAAAGGCCGGUCAAGUGCACGUUCUGCUGCUGUCUCCCGAGGCUCUGGUUGGCGGCGGGCACGCGGGCUCAGGCUGUCUGCCCCCUACUGACCAGCUCCCCCCGGUGGCCUUUGCCUGUAUUGACGAAGCGCACUGCGUGUCUGAGUGGUCGCACAACUUCCGGCCAUGCUACCUCAGGUUGUGCAAGGUACUGAGGGAGCGUCUGGGCGUGCGCUGUCUGCUGGGACUGACGGCCACAGCCACUCUGUCCACUGCCCUGGACAUCGCCCACCAUCUGGACAUCAGGGACCAGGAGGGCAUCGCUGUGCGCUCCGCUGCCGUGCCCCACAAUCUGCACCUCUCUGUGUCCAUGGACACAGACAAAGACCAGGCCCUGGUGUCUCUGCUGAAGGGCGAGCGGUUCGGCGCACUGGACUCCAUCAUCGUGUACUGCACCAGGCGAGAGGAGACGAACCGCGUCGCCGCACUACUCCGCACCUGCCUGCAGGGGGUGAUGCUGAGGGAGUCGUCCCGCCCGGUCAAAGAGCAAGACGAGGAGAACAACCCCGUGGGCAAGAAGAAGAAAGCUCUGGCCCGGAAGAAGAUCCGGAAGCCCCUGAAGUGGAUGUCAGAGGCGUACCACGCGGGGCUGUCGGCCUCGGAGCGUCGCCGUGUCCAGAACAACUUCAUGUGCGGCGAGCUGCGCGUGGUGGUGGCCACCGUGGCCUUCGGAAUGGGCCUGGACAAGCCAGAUGUGCGCGCCGUCGUCCACUACAACAUGCCCAAGAGCUUCGAGAGCUAUGUGCAGGAGAUUGGCAGGGCGGGGCGCGACGGAGAGCCCGCCCACUGCCACCUCUUCCUGGACCCAGAGGGCGGGGAUCUCCACGAGCUGCGCAGACACAUCUACGCAGACACCGUGGACCACUACACCAUCAAGAGGCUUGUGCAGAGAGUCUUCCCCCCCUGCAAGUGCAGACAGAUCCAACAGAGGCAGAAGCACCUUGCCCAGGCUCCAGAGGUGGAUGACGCCGAGCUAGUGGAGCUGAUGGAGCAGUGUGACGAGUCUGGAGCGAACCAGCAGGAAACCCCACUUGCAAGCGGCCAGCAUAGUCAUCUGGAGCGCCCCGCCCCGGACACACCGGGCACCGCAUGCCCACUCCGGCAACAGUCGGACAGCUCUCAGGAUUGGAACAAGCCAACUCUGCAGUUGGUGGAGGUGGAACACAAAGGGUCCAUUACUCAACACGGGGGGGUAGAGGAGGAGCACGGAGGCAGAGAACAGGAAGGUGAAGGAGACGAGAGGGGUGGGAGAGAGGGAGGAGGCAGGAGUGUUGGGGACACAGGACAGAGCGUAAGGGUGGAGCCGGCUCAGCGUGUGUGUCACACCCACGAGAGAGCCAUUCCGAUGGAGGAAACAGUGGAGGCGCUGGAUGUCACCGAGGAAGGUCUGGAAACUCUGCUGUGUUAUCUGGAGCUCCACCCUCAGCGGUGGGUGGAGUUACUCCACCCCACUCUCUCUAUGUGCCGAAUAAUGUGUUAUGGGGGUCCCCAGCAAGUCCGCAAGCUCGCUAAAGUGUGUCCUCCAGUAGCGGUGGUGCUCGCACGGAGGCGUCUGGCAGGCCACAAGGUGGAGGCGUGUGACUUUCUGGAGUUUGACGUGGUGGAGCUGGCUGACACCAUGGGCUGGCAGCUACCCCUGGUCAAGAGGGGCCUGAGACAGCUGCGGUGGGUCACCGAGCCAGGUUCGUAUGGCGGCACCGGGCGGAGCGGCGUGCACGUGGAGUUCUCCGCCCUGUCCUUCUACUUGCGUUCCUACGGCGACCUGACAUCCGAGGAGCUGGACGGCGUGUGCGCGUUCCUGCAUGGCCGGGUGCAGGCGCAGGAGAGGACGCAGCUCCGGCAGCUGCAAGCCUGCUUCAGAGCCUUCCGCAGUGUUGCGUAUCAGAGCUGUGGCUCCUGUAUGGAUGAGCUGGAUGAAGUGAGGAGCCUGAAAUUAAAGGGACUGCUGGCUGAUUACUUUGAGAAGAGGAAAGAGCUGGACGCGGGCUGGAGGGACGAGGACGAGGCUCUCGGCAUUCUCAAGCUGCAGGAGUGGGAGGAGCAGAUCCAGGCCGACGUCAGAGCCUUCCUGGCCUGUCACGGCGACGAGAAGUUCUCGGGCCGCGCUGUGGCCAGGAUAUUCCACGGGAUCGGAAGCCCGUGUUAUCCAGCACAGACGUAUGGCCGGGAUCGGCGGUACUGGCGCAAAUAUCUUCGUUUUGAUUUCAAUGACCUCAUCCGCAUAGCUACACAGGAGAUAAUUAGAACCAGGUAACUGAAUAGCACUUCUGUGGGGCGGUCUCCUUUAUCAGUGUCUCAUGUCUAACUUUUACAUGCGGUGCUUUUCUGACUUUUAGUUGUACACUAUUGUCAGAGCCAAAUUCACCUAUUUUAUUUUACAAUAAAGAUUAUUUUUCUACUGGUUGUGGUUCUUCAGUCAUAUAAGAACUUGUUCAAACCUUUACUGCUGAUAGUUUGUGCUGUGUUGUACUUUGCUGUGCACACUUGGGAUUUAAAACAACAGGACAAUGAACUAUAAAGUUAAAGUGCAGACUGUAAGUAGGUUUUGUACAUAGUCCUGUCACUGCAGGACAGCAGACAUUUGGACAGGUAGCGUGCGAGACAUGUUUGAGCUUUUGGUUGGAUGUCCUUUCCUGUUAUGAAAUAGAUGUGUAAAGAGCAGAUAUUACCGGGCCCUGCUUUGUGUCUGUCCUGCUGGGUAAUAAGGCAAUUUGCUAUUGCUGAAGUCCAAUUGUUUGUUUUUCCUGUGAUUUAAGGGCUCUUUUGGGUGCAUCUUAACAGCUGUUUGUGUGGCUAUUUCACUGUUUAUGCUUUUCAGCCUUAUUUACUUCCCAUUGGCCUGCUUUGUUGAACAUAUUGUUCAGAUGUAGUCAGGGGCAUAACCAGGGUUAAUAUUUUGAGGUCAGUACUGUAGAACGGGUGCCAGUCCUGGUGAUCAACCACCCUGCAGAAUUCAGUUCCAAUGCUAAUAUAACCUGACUCUAAUAUUACGAUUUUACUUAAGGCAAACGCAGAUUUAUGUGUACAAUUAUUUGUUGUUUAACCUUCAUUCAUGUCCUAUGUAAUACUUUUAUUUGCAUGAUAAUUAGAAGUCUAGCUAACUGCAGCUAAAAGCCGCUGAGCUCAUGCCGGUCGGGUAGCUGUGGGACGCAGGUCUUCACACAAUAGCAGGCUACACUUCGCCUACACAGCAUGUUUCCACUCCCAGUGCCAUAAUUGUAAAAGUGCGUCAGGGGAAAAACCUGAAGAUGCCAAAGACCUCUGUGUCCUCGUAGCUAAUUACAGCCCUGCAUGUAGUAUGCGUGGGUUUUCUGUUUAAACACGUAUUGAUUGCAUAAUUUCCAGUCCAAAGCAUUUGUGCGGAAUAUACACUAGAGAGCAGUGUUACUUCA